AUGACGAGAUUGAAAUCCUUUCGCGCACCCUCAUGGACCUGGGCCACCUACAACGGUGCUAUUACUUAUGGCUUGGGGGAGAACUCUAAAAUGAACGAAACUAUUUGCGAGAUCUCAGAGCCCAACUUUAAUAUUGAGCACGGCUGUCGGAAUACAUGUCCAAAUAAGUCGCGCACGUGUAUCACCGGAAGCGUAAAGUGGACAGGAAUGAUCGGUACUGUAAUCCGAUCAGACAACUUACACUCUUUGAACCUCUCUGAUGACAAAGAUCUCAUCGAGAUUCUUGGCUCUAAUGUGCACUAG